UUUUUAUCUUCAACAAAACAAACCCCGCCAAAAAAAUACCUUCCCCUUGACCUGAGACGAUGUUGUUGAUCAGACUCCUGGCUGUCUUCCUCGUCCUCAUCACGAACACGUGGCUGCUGCCCAGCCCGGUCCGCUCCAAUGCACUCAGCCGGUACAAACGCUCCAUGGCGCUGCGGGCAGACAGCGAGCUCUCCCGGCUAGCAGGUGAACCCUGCACCGUCUCCGGCGUCUGGAGGUCCCGCCGGCAACCUCGCUCCCUCCAACCGUCCCAACACCGCCCUCCAGCGGCCCGGCCGAGGACGCACACGAGCCGCAGAGACACAGUUAAGAGCGCUCUUUGUGCGGCUGGAGGGUGUGGGUUCGACACCGGGGUGCUACGGGGCGCUCCUGCGGUGGAGGAAAAGCGAAGCUGGGGCGAAGUAGAGGAGGAUGUGGCGGCGGUGGUGGUGGUGGGAGACGGGUAUGUCACAUAUGAGAAAGGCUCCAUAACUGACGAAAGAGAGGCGAGUUAUGUGAGUGAGAACACCACGCAGCAGCCCGGGACGUCUCUGAGGAAAGACGCCGAACGCAGCGUCUCCUCUUCGGCCACGCGCGGCUCCAGCCCCCGCCUCACGCGGAGCCUCAGUGGAACGUCUCCUUACGAGGACGACGGCAACACCAGCUGGGAGAAGGUUUCCCCCGACAGCUCGACUGACUCCAGGGGGCUCCAGGUGCUCUACAGGCUGCAGCAGGAAGAUGGAGACCAGGUGGAGCAGUCCACAGAGGACUACUCCUCCAGGGAGGUGGUGGAGGUGGAGGUGGAGGUGGAGGUGGAGGACCCGCCCGCCGGGAGCAGCUCCACUCCCUGGGGGAGCCGCGUGCCCAGGGUGCUGGAUCCGUCCUGGAUGACCGCGCUGUACUUCAGCGGGCGCCGGGAGCAGCUGAAGGUGAAGCCGGCUGCGGGGGUGGAGCUGCCGAGGGCUCGGUUCAGUCUGGAGCUGUGGGUGAAGCCGGAGGGAGGGCAGAGCAACCCGGCGGUCAUAGCAGGCGUAUAUGACAACUGUUCCCAUUCAUUGAGUGAGAAGGGCUGGUCGGUCGGCAUCCGCACUGUAGAACCCGCCGGCGCCAAAGACGCCCGGUUCUACUUCACGCUUCGCACGGACCGAGCCCUAAAAUCCACCACCGUCUACAGCCACCAGCGGUACCGAGCCAACGUCUGGACUCACCUGAUGGCCACUUACAACGGCCACAACAUGAGCCUGUAUGUUGAUGGAGCCAAGGUGGGAGAGAGCGGUCUCCAGUCGGGGAAUCUCUGCAGUCCCUUCAUGAAGACGUGCAGAACCCUUUUCCUCGGCAGCAACCAAUCAGAUCAGGGACACAGCUUCAGGGGCCACAUAGGGGGCGUGGUGUUGUGGGGCUGCGCCCGCUCUCAUGAGGACCUGCUGAAGCGGCCACUUCAAAUUGACAAAAGCGAGCCGCUCCUGGCGAUGUGGGCUGACUUCACUAAUGUGGAAGAGGUUUGGGCUCCGUACAAAGUCGGCCUCCAUCCGACCAUCACCACCACUCCCGUCCCCGAACAAGAACUCGUCUCCUCGUUCCUGCCGCCGCCCUGCGGCCUGACACCCUGCGACAACACCGACAUCAUCUUUGGCUACAACGACAACUGGCAGCUCCGCGCCACCAAGCGAGUUCGCUACCGGAUCGUCAACCUCUCCGACGACGACGGCGGGAACCCCACCGUGUCGCAAGACCAGAUCCAGCUCCAGCACCAGGCUCUUACCGAGGCCUUUCGCCCUUACAACAUCACCCUGGAUCUGAGCGUGCACGCCGUCAGAAACUCCAGCUUCCGGCAGCGGUUCAUCCUCAGCAACUGUCGAAUCGGGAAGAUUGGGAACCGCCAAUGUGACCCUGAGUGCGACCACCCGAGGACAGGCCACGACGGAGGGGACUGCCUUCGACUGGGGCCCUGCUACAACUGGAAGAGGCAGGAUGGAGUUUGUAACAUGGAGUGCAACAGUAUACACUAUGACUACGAUGACGGAGACUGCUGUGACCCGGAGGUCACCGACGUCCUCAAGACCUGCUUCGAUCCUGAGUCCCCUGACAGGGCCUAUAUGAGUGUGAAAGAGCUGAAGGAAGAGCUACAGCUGAGCGGCACCGACACGCUCAAUGUUUUCUUCGCCAGCAACUCGGCGCGUGAAGAGCUGGCAGGAGCUGCAACCUGGCCGUGGGCAAAGGAGGCUCUUACCCACCAAGGUGGGAUGGUGCUGAACCCAUCCUACUUUGGUACCUUGGGCCACCACAACACCAUGAUCCACGAGAUGGGCCACAUCUUUGGACUGUACCAUGUCUUCAAGGGGGUGAGCGAGCGGGACUCCUGUGAUGACCCGUGUCAGGAGACCACCCCGUCCAUGGAGACAGGAGAUCUGUGUGCUGACACCGCACCAACACCCAAAUCCAAAGCCUGCCAUGAUCCCGGAUCCGUCAAUGAUCCCUGUGGGGUCACCAUGUACCAAGACACGCCUUAUAGCAAUUACAUGAGUUACACAGAUGACAACUGCACCAACCACUUCACCCCCAACCAAGUGGCCCGGAUGCACUGUUAUCUUGACUUGGUCUACCAGAAGUGGCUGAAGGACCAGCAACCAACCCCCAUCCCUCUGGCCCCCAUGGUGACAGACCAGGGUCCGGAUUCUGUCUCUAUCUAUUGGCUGCCACCUAUAAGGGGGCCACUGUAUCAGAGCUCCUCCCUCCAUGUGUCUGGUAUCAACUGUGGAGACUGUGAGACAGACGGUGUUUUCCACCAGUACGCCUCCGAGGCUACCUCGCCUCGCAUCUGUGACACGUCAGGCUACUGGACGCCCGAGGAGGCAGUCGGCCCACCGGAUGUGGAGCAGCCCUGUGAUCCCAGCCUCCAGGCCUGGAGUCCCGAGCUCAGCCUCUAUGACACCAAUGUGACCUCACCAUGUCCCGACACGGAGGGCUGCACCCUCACGCUAAAGUUCCUCCACCCGAUGGUUCCUCACGCACUCACGCUCUGGGUCACCUACAUCUCUUCCAACAACCCAGCCAUAGCCAACAUAGAGCUGGUAACAGACGCGGGGAAAAGCAUCAACCUCGGACCCCAGCAUGUCUUCUGCGACAUGCCCUUCACUUUGCGCCUCGACACCCACAACGUCGCCAUCGCCGCCGUAAAACUCUGCACCUUCGACGAGAAGAUGGAGAUCGACGCCGCCAUGUUGUCCUCGGGCCCCAGCAGCCCUCUGUGCGCCGGCUGCCGACCACUGCUGUACAGGAUCGAGCGGGAGCCGCCCUUCACCACCAAACCCCCCUCGCCUCAGACCCAGCAGACCUUCACCGACAGCUCUGUAAAGCAGGGAGUCCAGUACCAGUACACAAUCCAGGUGGAAGCAGACAGUCUCCUCAGCGACCCCUCCUCACCUCUCCUCUACACUCAUGGGCAGACGUACUGCGGAGACGGCCUCAUACAGGGGACAGAAGAAUGCGACGACAGCAACCUGUUGGAUGGCGACGGCUGCUCUAAGAAAUGCCACAAGGAGACGGGCUUCAACUGCAAUGGUGAACCUAGUCAGUGUUAUGUUUUCGACGGCGACGGCGUGUGCGAGGAGUUCGAGCGGGGCUCCAGCGUUCAGGACUGCGGUUACUUCACACCUUUGGGCUACACAGAUCAGUGGGCAUCCACCGCCGCCGCUUCCCACCAGGACCCCAACCACUGUCCCGCCCACGCUGCCACUGGGGAGCCGUCACUUACCAAGAUCUGCAGGUACCAGCACCUGGAGGUGAGUGAGAAACAGCCCACAGACGCCUGGUUCCCUUGCACUGCCCAGUCCGACACAAAUAAUGACCUGGAACAUCCAUUUUGGCUGAAGGUGGGAUUUGUCCAUCCUGGAGUGGCAGCCUCUGUGAUGGUGUACCUGGCUUCAGAUGGGUCGUGGUCUGGGGAGCAGUGUCGGAGGACAGCCACCAUCCUCCUGUCUGAUACUACUGGCAAGAACCACUCACUAGGAACACAUGACCUCUCAUGCCAUCGGAACCCGUUGGUGGUGAAUGUGACCCAUGACCUCUCUCGGCCCUUCUUCAUCACGGCCUCCGUCAUCCUCCUCUUCUCCUCCCCCUCUGUGGCAGUGGGAGGCGUGGCCCUGAGGACCUCCUGCCACUUCAGCACCUUCGCCCUGACCGGCUGUUUGCGGCAGCCGUGUCAGAUGGACAGCUGCAGUCCUCCCCAGCUAGAGCACGCCUCUGUCAGGUGUACAGGAGGAGGGGAGUCUUCUAGCUGCUCUGUUCAGUGUCAGCGUGGUUUCAGCGUCACCGUCCUCAACAGCAAGGGAACCCUACCCCACCAGAGAGAAACUCAUCUGGAGUGUUUCCAUGGUUCCUGGGAUCGUGUAGUCAGCUGUCAGCCCGUAGACUGCGGCCUGCCCGAUCAGUCUCAUGUCUACCACGCCAUAUUCAGUUGCCCCUGGGGAACCACCUUUGGCAAGCAAUGCUCCUUCACGUGUGGAUCUCCAGCUAUACUACAAGGUGACAGUGACAGGCUGGUGUGUUUGGAGGACGGCUUGUGGUCUUUCCCAGAGGCCUACUGCAAGAUAGAGUGUCCAGAGGUUCCAAGCAUACCCGAUGCCAGGCUGCUAACAGCAGACUGUCUGGCCUCGGGGCACGAUGUUGGCUCUGUCUGCCGUUACAAAUGCAGCCCAGGCUUCUAUGUGAUAGGGAGCCUCAAAAAGAAGACACCGAGGAAGUACUUCAAGCUGGAGUGCCUGGAGGGGGGGCAGUGGGAGGAAAGUAGCUGUGAGCCCAUAUCCUGCCCAGCCCUACCUGAUGUGUACCAGGGCAUGUAUACCUGCACCAAUGGCCUGUACUAUGACACCCGCUGCACCCUGCAAUGCCCAGAUGCUACAGAUACCGCAAAUAAGGAGAUUCGCUGCACUAAGGAGGGCGAAUGGACUGCCGAGUUCACCAUGUGCUCCAAGCUCCAGGGAUCGUGCUCUCCUCCUCCCGAUCUCAACUCUGUAGAGCACAGCUGUGACCAGGGGAUGGAUGUCGGUGCUGUUUGCUACCCAACAUGCAUUGUGGUUCUAGACAUGGAUCUGCGUGACCCGGUGGUUCUGCCCAAUGGCACUACAGUUGACUCUUUAAAGCACUGGAUGCUGCCCACCAAAGUCCAGAGCAUAGUCUGCACAGGGCUGAUGAAGUGGUACCCUGACCCGCAACACAUCCAUUGCAUCCAGUCAUGUGAGCCUUUUGGAGGGGAUGGCUGGUGUGACACCAUCAACAACCGGGCGUACUGCCAGUAUGAUGGAGGAGACUGCUGCCCGUCCACACUCUCCACCAGAAAGGUCAUUCAGUUUGGGGCGGACUGCGACCAGGACGAGUGCACUUGCCGUGAUCCGGACGCCGAGGAGAAUAAGAGCAAAGCCAAGCCCUCGGGAGGAGGAGGAGGAGGAGGAGGAGGAGGAGGAGGAGGAGGAGGAGGAGCCGGAGGAGGAAUGCAAUAAGAUGGAGGGAUGAAAGAGGCUGAACUUGUGUUAAACAGAGUCAAACCACAGACAAUAUACCACAACAAACAAACAGAAAAUAUUACAUUUGUAAUGCAAAGAACGCAACUGAAGUCAGACUUCACACAAAGGCCAUUUUUUUUAUUUCAUUAUAAGUUGAUCUUGCUGUUAAAAAUUCAUCACAUAUGAGUUUAAAAAUCAGAUUCCUUCCUGCACAGAUCCAGCCAAAAACAUCCACACGUGAAUAUAUUGUUUUCUUUUCCUGUUAAGAAGUUGUAGAAGUGUCAUCUUCACUGCUGGAUCUGUGUGCGAGCACAACAUUUUAUCUCUGUGAAUGCUGAUGUAGCAUCCACCCAAAUACUACUUUCUGUCCAUGUACUUAUACUUUCAAAGGUUUAUUCCACCCAAAUACUACUUGCUGUCCAUGUACUUAUAGUUGUAAAGGUUUAUUCCACCCAAAUACUACUUGCUGUCCAUGUACUUAUAGUUUUAAAAGUUUAUUCCACCCAAAUACUACUUUCCGUCCAUGUACUUAUACUUUCAAAGGUUUAUUCCACCCAAAUACUACUUGCUGUCUAACGAGUUAAUUUCAACUUCCACCUUUGACAGUUUAGCUUCCAGCUUUUUCUAGCGAUGUAUUUCAGCUCUUAGCAUCUUUAGCUAAUGCAGCUCAGCUUUCAACUCUGCCAGUUUUACAGUUCAGGUUUUCAGGAGUACAGUGCAUUGCAUUUGCGAUUCAAGAUUUCUGCAUUUCAGCGAUGCUUUGCAAUUAAUUUUAGCUGUCAGCAUUCACACGCAUUUUCUGCAGGAAAUGCAUUUUUCCAGUUUAAAAAAUGAGAACCUAACUGAGAAAACACUGAGGUCCAGUUCAAAUAGGGUCAGUCUAUCCACUCCUGUACAAAUUCAACAUAAUUGGAUCAAAUCACUAUUCUAAAUGGAUUCAAGUACUUUUUCUGGAUUUGAUUAGUCUUGGGGGAUAAAGAAACCAAAAAGAAGUGUCUGUGUUUCAGUACAUGCACAGAGCUUACAGUAAGGGCUACUGCUACUAACUGUUUACUGUAACAUCCAGUUAGAGGAGAAACAGCAUUUCGUGGAAGUACCACCUUUAAAUCAUACUGAAGCCAAAACAAUUCAGUUCUUUAACUCGUCUGAUGGCUAUUCAAAACCAAAUGAGGACUAGUCAAUUCUAAGUGAAGUGGGCAAAGAAGAAGAGUUGCCUGAACAGAAACAUCAACAUAAACCCUCCUGUCCUCAAGGCAGACCAAAACCAAUCCUCCCAAAUACUAACAUUAGUUACAGUCUUCAUCAUCAUCAGAUCCUUUAGGAGCGUAAAAGGCUACAUAACUGUAAAGACUAACAUGUAUAGACUAAUAUAUUUGGAUCACCUAACAUAUCUAACAGACCACGUUAUUAGUCACACAAGUCAACACUCUAUUUAUAUAUCACAGAUCCAGAAAUAUACAAACUUUUACCAGUACCAUACAGUAUGUGCACAGGGCUUCCCAAAUGUGUAUUUUCCGUAAGCGUGUACAGUUCUAAAAAACAUGUCAUACAUACAUUAAGUCCAAUUCUAAAUGGGAAAAUCAGGCAAAUGUCAAAUACCAAUAUCAGAAUUAUUGUUCUAAAAUAAGAGAGAGAUUUCCACUAACAUUGUUAAACCAAUAAAAUGUUGGAGUCUGCAAAGCAGCGGAUAAAAUGAAAAAGAUAAAUCUAAAUAUUCAGAUAAAACAGACUUUUGGGAAGCCUGGACAUAUCUUCUGCUCAACACAUAAUUCAAACUUGUCUCCUGCUUGCAUGUUUGUAUGUCAGGUUCUGGUAUCCAUUAGCCAGAAAUGAUGAAGUACCCCAUAUUGUAUCUAUAAAAAAAAAAAAGAAAGUGUAAUCAUGUUCUUUGUGAUAUUUUACAGUACUUUAUACUCUAUAUGAAAUAAAUAGCAACUUUAUAUCGACCCCCUUA